AACUCCCUUUCUCCUAUUCGACUUCGAAACUUGAUGGAAUCAGAAAUGCUCUAUGAUUUGUCUCCAGUGGUAAGGCUUUACAAGGAUGGCCGAGUGGAGAGACUUGAGGGCACGGAAAUCGUCCCUCCGUCGCUCGAUGAGAAGACCGGCGUCCAGUCGAAGGACGUCGUCAUUUCAUCGGACUCCGCGGUCUCGGCCAGACUUUACAUCCCGAAAGCUGCAAUCUGUUCUCUCCGAAAGCUGCCAAUACUCGUGUACUAUCACGGAGGAGGCUUCAUAGUCCAAACUGCAUGGUCGCCGGCUUACCACAACUAUCUCAAUGCCCUAGUCGCCGAGGCUAACGUCAUUGCCGUCUCCAUCAACUAUAGAAAGGCGCCCGAGGCUCCUCUUCCAGCGGCUUAUGAUGAUUCGUGGACUGCCCUCAAGUGGGUGGCCUCUCAUUCUGCCGGAAACGGCCCUGAGGAGUGGCUGAAUUCUCAUGCCAAUCUCAAGAAGGUGUUUCUAGCCGGAGAUAGUGCCGGCGCAAACAUAAUCAACAACAUGGGCAUCCGAUUUGGAGAGGAAAAGCUCAGUGGAAUUGAAGUUCCAGGUGUUAUGAUGGUGCAUCCUUAUUUCUGGGGAAACGAACCCUUGCCUUCGGAGACCACUGACCCCAUGAAGAGGUCCUUCGCCGUAAUGUUCUGGCACGCCGCAAGCCCGGCGACCACCGGGUGUGACGACCCGCUAAUAAACCCAGCAAUGGACCCAAGGCUCUCAGGUUUGAGUUGGAAAAAGGUCCUGGUUUGUGUUGCUGGAAAGGAUAUGUUAAGACACAGAGGGUGGUAUUACAAGGAGAUAUUGAGUAAGAGUGGAUGGAGUGGAGUUGUGGAAGAGAUGGAAUCACCAGGAGAGGAUCAUGAUUUCCAUUUGUUCAAUCCUAACUGUGAUAAUGCUGUGAAGUUGAUGAAGAGAUUGGUCUGCUUCAUGAAUGAGGUCAAGUAG